UCCCCCAUAACCACCAAACUCAAAACCCCUGAAGAAAAAACACAAAACGAAAGAGAAACAGAGGCAUUAACAAAUUUGUUUAAUUUUCAUUUCUCAACGUAAUGAUCAUGAAGAAAAUCAGAGGGUUCAAGCUUGGGCGCAAGCUAGUGAAGGUUUUAAAUUGGAUAAUACGACCUAGAAGAAGAAGAAACUUGAGGAAUAGUUUCUUGGGAAACUGCAGCCCUCUAACAAGACUAUGCUCUUUCGCGGCGUUUCUCCGACGAGGAACCAAGGGACUGUGUGAUUCGGAAUCGGAUCCGGGUUACAUUCAAUUGGGAGGAAAGGAAGCGAAGCGGGUUGGAGUUCCGAAGGGGCACCUUGCCGUGUACAUCGGCGAAUCGGAAGGAAAUACGAGGAGGGUGGUGGUGCCUUUGAUCUAUUUUAAUCAUCCUCUAUUCAGUGAGCUGUUGAAGGAUGCGGAGCGGGUUUACGGGUUAAAUCAAUCGGGUGGAAUCACGUUGCCUUGCGGAAUUUCCGAGUUUGAGAAGGUUAAGAUGAGAAUUGCCGAUUGGGAUCAUUGCCGACGGAAACAACACCGCCGUUAUUUGUAAUUUUACGU